AUGAAGUCGCGAUUACGUUCAUUUCUGGUGCCGCUGGCCGGCUUAAUUUCGUUGAACAAUGCACUCGAUCUCGAUAUGAACAGCUUUGAUUCGGUCAAGUCGGUCGCCUCUACUCUCGCAUACGACAUGAUGACCUACUAUUCGGGUAAUCAGUCCGGGCAAGUACCAGGUUUGCUACCCGGCCCGUGUGAAUCGACGGCUUGUUAUUAUUGGUGGGAAGCAGGCGCGAUGUUUGGAUCUCUCAUCAACUACUGGCAGUAUACUGGCGACGACAGCUACAACGCUGUCGUGACGCAAGCUCUACAGUUUCAGAUUGGACCCGAAGAGAACUUCAAUCCUCCAAAUCAGAGCAAGAACAUGGGCGUGGACGAUCAAGCAUUUUGGGCGUUUACGGCCAUGGAUGCUGCUGAAGCUAAUUUGCCGGAUGUUGGCGGUGACGCUCCUUCGUGGCUGGCUCUGGCUCAGGCUGUGUUCAACUUUCAAUCAAAUCUUUGGGAUGCUGCCACAUGCAAUGGGGGAAUGAGAUGGCAAGUCUAUUCCUUCAACGCGGGCUACAACCUCAAGAAUACGAUCUCCAACGGUGGAAACUUUCAACUGGCAGCACGACUAGCUCGAUACACUGGGAACCAGACCUAUGCGGAUUGGGCGAUCCAGAUGUGGGAUUGGAUGGAAGCUAGCCCACUGUUUCAAUAUCAGGAUGAUAUCCUCUACAUCUGGGAUAACACGGACGCGACCAACAACUGCUCGGACGUGGCUCACCAUGCCUGGACCUACAACUACGGCACGAUGCUGAUGGGUGCUGCUGCCAUGUACAGCUUCACCAACGGUGCCGAGCCGUGGGGAACUCGAGUCAACCAGAUUUUGCUGGGGGCGUUCAAUCUGUUCUUCCCCGAGGAAUACGGCGGCAAUAUCAUGACCGAGUUCCAGUGCGAACCGAACAUGUUGUGCAACAACGACCAAAGCAGUUUCAAAGCUUACCUGUCUCGAUGGAUGGCUGUUACAGCCUUGCUUGUGCCCAGCACUUAUGACAUGAUCAUGCCGAAACUCCAGGCCAGCGCGGCCGCCGCAGCACAGCAAUGUACUGGAGGGGACAAUGGACGAAUGUGUGGCCGACGGUGGUAUUCAAGCUUCGACGGCUCAACGGGAGUGGGACAACAGAUGCAAGCUCUUGCGGUCAUCGGAGCAUCAACUAUACAUCCAGAAAUUGCGCCCAAGACGGCCAAUACUGGCGGCACGUCGGAGAGUGACCCCGAUGCUGGGACCGAUACCGGUCCCACUCUGGUUGAGCACAAACCUAUUACCGUGGGGGAUCAAGUUGGUGCUGGUAUCCUGACAGUAUUAUGUGUCGGGAUCAUUGUUGGAGGUACCAUUUGGCUCAUUAUGUAG